ACCGUGAUGAAGAUAGAACCGAAGGACAUGGAUUGGUUACCUAGCAAAAGGCUGGAGGCGGAGCUCAUGAGUCCCAGCCAAUCCUUUGAUGACAAUGCUGCAGACUGCGAUGAAGAAUGGGAUGAGGAGGACAGGGAUUUGUUGCGUAGCAAAGGGCUGGAGGUYGAGCCAGCUCCAGAGCAGAGGGAGAAGAGAGUGAGUGGGGCCCCCUCUCUGUCCUCUCCUGGUAAUGCCUUACUGCUGGGUCUGAAGAGGGUGUCUGUGCGGCUGGUCGACUGCAGGAAAACACCAGGGUUGAGAGGAACUGCUGGAGGAGGAGACGAGGAGGAAGGAGACGUGAUUCAUCAAAGAGAGAGACGUGGCAACCAUGGAUCUUCUGGGGAGCCUCAACAACAACCUCAUGCCGACAACACAGACUGGAGUCUCCCCACAUCAAAACACCUCAAUAAACAACCGCAGAGACAUGCAGGGAAGAAACCUCACCACUGCUAUGACUGCGGAAAUACUUUCAGUGUUUUAUCAGGCUUGAAAAUCCAUCAAUGCACCCACACUGAAAAUAAACCAUUCCAAUGCUCCAAGUGUGGGAAAGGUUUUGCAAAGAACCACUAUCGAAAAAUACAUGAGAAAACGGUACAUGAGCCUCCCACAGAAAGGUCUUACCACUGCUCUGACUGCGGGAAGAGCUACAGUUUUUUAUCAACCUUCAAAAAUCAUCAAAGGAUACACACCGGAGAGAAACCAUUUCAAUGCUCCAAGUGCAAGAAAAGUUUUGCUCAGAAAUCCACURUAAAAGCACACUCGCAAACACACAUGCCUGCCGCAGAAAGGCCUUACCAAUGCUCCUACUGCGAGAAGAAGUUUUGUAUUUUAGCAUCCUUUAAUUUCCAUAUGAGAAUGCAUACUGAAGAAAAACCAUUCCAAUGUUCCGUCUGCGGUAUGCGGUUCAUUCAAGCCUACUUACUGAAAUCACACAAGUUUAAACACAAGCCCACCGAAGAAAAGCCCUUCAGCUGCUCAGAAUGUGGGGCGGUUUUGCCACUAAAGGUAGUCUCAAAUUUCACCAGCUGAUGCACAACCCGAGAGAGAGACCUUACCGCUGUUCUGAGUGUGGUCAUUGUUUCUCUCAUCCAAUAUAUCUGAAGAAACACCAGAAGAGACACAG